AGGAAGAGAGCGGGAGCAAACACGAGAGAGAAAAGGGUUAUGUGGGAGCUCAUGUGAGUGUAGGGACAGGCUUUGAGAACAUCUCUGUUAAGCAGACCAAGGAUUUGUGAGAAAAGCUUUAAAACGGGCCUCAGGGAAAUGGCAAAGCAAGGGCAAGGACUUUUCCACCUUCUUUGGAGUUUCUGAAGCCUCUCAGGAUAAAUGCACUGGUGACGACUGAAAGGAAUCAUCCCUUCAGUUCAGGCAGAAGGACAACAUCAGACUUUCUGAGAACCUUCAUUUUCCUUCUGGAGCUCCAGACCGUAGCAAGGUUGAAAAAUAAUGUUGGACUCGUAGCACAGGAGUGAAGAAACAGACAUGUUGAGUUCUGGUUGUCUGAGCGCCUGAGAUAGCUCUUCUUCAGGUGGAAUCGCGGCUCUCUGCCCACCACAAGUCAGCUUUCCAGAGGUUGGCUGCGCUGACGUAACCACAGCCAUGCUGUGUGGUUUGAGGAGAGACACCAAAAACAGCAUUGAUGAAGGACCAUACUCAAAGGGGAGCAAAGAGACAACUGACCAAUCACAUUCAUCCCAGAGGCUCAGCCUUUCAGCAGAGGAGUACCGAGGAGUAACCACGGUGGAGCUGAUGAAGAGAGAAGGCAGCAGCCUUGGCCUCACCAUCUCUGGAGGCUCAGACAAGGAUGGCAAGCCCAGGGUGUCAAAUCUACGGCCAGGUGGGCUGGCUGCCAGAAGUGACCAGCUGAAUGUUGGGGACUACAUUAAGUCUGUGAAUGGCAUCAACCUGUCAAAGCUCCGACAUGAUGAGAUCAUCAGUUUGUUGAAGAACAUUGGGGAACGCGUUGUACUGGAAGUGGAGUAUGAGCUGCCUUCCUGUGUUCAGACACCUUCAGGAGUCAUAACCAAAACCAUUGAGGUCUGUUUACACAAGGAAGGGAACAGUUUUGGGUUUGUCAUGAGGGGGGGCUUCCAUGAAGACUGGCGAAGGUCACGACCUUUGAUAGUUACCAGUGUCAGGCCUGGAGGUCCUGCUGACAGAGAGGGGACUUUAAAGGCAGGAGACCGUGUGUUGAGCAUAGACGGGAUGCCUUUGAACAGAGAGAGGCAUGCUGAUGCUCUGACCAUGCUGAUGCAGAGCGGCCAGGAAGCUCUGUUCCUGAUCGAGUAUGACGUCUCUGUCAUGGAAGCAGUGCAGCAGGCCUCAGGCCCUCUGCUGGUGGAAAUAGUGAAGGGUUCCUCAGCCAGCCUGGGCAUCAGCCUCACUACAGCGACAUACAAGAACAAACAAGUUAUUGUUAUUGACAAGAUAAAGCCGGCCAGCGUGGUUGAAAGGUGUGGAGCGCUGCAUGUGGGGGACAUCCUCCUUUGUAUAGACGGGACGGGCACAGAACACUGUUCCCUGAUGGAAGCAACACAGUUACUUGCCAAUACCUCUGAAGCUGUCAAACUCGAGAUCCUUCCUGCCCAUCAGAGCAGACUUCCCAUUAGAGCACAAGAAGCAGUAAAAGUGCAAAAAAGCAGCCAUCACUGGGACCAAAGCAGCAACUACUGCCAUCCCCCACAUGCAAGCCACAGCAAGACAUGGAGCAGCCCAAGCCACCCACACAACCAGCAGGACCACUGCAAAUCUCUGGCGGGUGGUGGUUUCUCCCCUUCCUCCACAGCCACCUCAGGCUUCAGCAGCCAGGGUAGUAACACACUGCCCUGCCCCAUCCCUCCAAUCACGCCCACCAGCCCUCGCAGCUCCACUGGCAAGAGGAGGAACAGGAAGAAGGACCACAAAAGCUCAUUAUCGUUGGCGUCCAGUUCGGUUGGGCCAGGCGGUCAGAUCUAUCAUGUGGAAACAAGUGAGGUGGUCCUGAAGGGGGAUCCGCUCACAGGUUUUGGGCUCCAGCUGCAGGGGGGAGUCUUUGCCACAGAAACGCUCUCCGCUCCCCCGGUCAUCCGUUUCAUUGAACCCGACAGUCCAGCCGAGAGAUCUGGUCUGCUACAGGUAGGAGACAGAGUGUUGUCCAUUAAUGGCAUCCUGACUGAAGACGGUACUUUGGAAGAAGCUCAUCAGCUCCUCAGAGACUCUGCUCUGUCUAAUAAGGUCACAGUGGAGGUGGAGUUUGAUGUUGCAGAGUCGGUGGUUCCGAGCAGCGGCACCUUCCACGUUAAACUUCCCAAACGGAGAGGAGUGGAGCUGGGCAUCACCAUCAGCUCGAGUAAGAAACCUGGCAAACCUCUCAUCAUCUCUGAGAUCAAAAAGGGAAGCAUAGCACACAGAACAGGCACUCUGGAGCCUGGAGACAGACUGCUGGCCAUCGACUCUGUGCGUCUGGAGAACUGCACCAUAGAUGAUGCCAUGCAUGUCCUGCAGCAGGCCGAAGACAUGGUCAAACUGAGGAUCCAGAAGGAUGAGGACAACAUCGAUGAGCUGGAGAUGUCGGGUUCAAUCAUUUACACCGUUGAGCUGAAGAGAUAUAACGGACCUCUGGGGAUCACAAUUUCUGGCACUGAGGAACCUUUUGACCCAAUUGUCAUUUCUGGCCUCACUAGGAAAGGUCUGGCUGAGAGGACUGGGGCCAUUCACAUAGGGGACAGAGUCCUGGCCAUCAAUGGGGUCAGCCUGAAAGGAAAGCCGCUGAGUGAGGCCAUCCAUCUGCUGCAGAUGGCUGGAGAGUCCGUCACCCUGAAGAUCAAGAAACAGGCUGACCCGACUGAAAGACGGCAUCCUCCAGAGAGAGAAGCUGGGUUUUUAAGUGACCUGGACGAUGACUUGACAGACUCUCAAAAAAACAGUAAAUUCUCAGAGAUUUACUCCGCCACUGUGCCCAGUAUUGACUCUGCCAUGAGUUCCUGGGAUAGCUCAGGGUUUGAUGCAGGCUACAUUAGCCAAGGGACGUAUCUACACAAAACUUCAGAUUUAUUGCUGAAUCCGCCUGAGUGGAGGCGCCCAACGCUCAGGAAGCCCACUAGUUCCAGCUCUGCUGGCUUAGUCCACCGCACAACCCUUUACGAUGGAAGAUUCACUGAAGACGAAUGGGACAAGAUACCUGGAUUUAUCAGCCCACCUCGUAGCCAUGGCGCCUUCAACAAGGAAGACAGUUUCUGGUCCCAGACUCUCCAGGACCUCGAGACCUGUGGCCAGUCGGAGAUUCUCAGGGAGCUGGAGGCAUCAAUGACGGGCAGUACAUUAAGUUUGUAUCUAGAGGAGACCAAGACCUGUGAAGAAGCCAUAUUUCAUUCUGACAUUAGUACCAUAAAGAGGGAGGCAAUCCACAGUGAGGCUAAAAACAAAAGCAGCCUGAGCAUGUUGACCAGAGCCAGAGAGGUGUCGUCCGGGACCAAAAGGGACCCUCCAGAAAUUGUGUCCCCCACCGCUUUGGCACUUCAUAAGGUGACUCUAAGGAAAGACCUGGACACCCGAGACUUUGGCUUCAGCGUUUCAGAUGGACUUCUGGAAAAAGGGGUUUUUGUGAAUAUGAUCAGGCCAGAUGGCCCAGCUGACCAGGCGGGUUUGAAGCCUUUUGACCGCAUUCUCCAGGUGAACCGCGUGAGGACCAGGGACUUGGACUGUUGUUUAACGGUGCCCCUAAUUAUGGAGGCCGGAGACGGCCUGGAUCUGGUCAUUAGCAGGAAUCCACUGGCAGCCGCAGACGUGGAGCUGCCUGGCGACUGUGACGACCCCUCAAACUUACUAUUCUGCUUUGCCAACAACAGGACCAACAGCAUUGCUCUGUGAAAAAAGCAGUUAGCCAUGUUGGACCUUACAGGCUUGCACACUAAUGUUCUCCCAUAGCACUGAGAGAAACAAUCAGCCUGAAAGCAUCUUUUUUUGUUGUUUUUUUGCCACAAAGUCACCAGUACAUGUGUUCAGUAGCCCCUUUCUUUUUUAUUCAUUUAUUUAAUAGUCACUAGUGCUCACACGAUGCUGCUUCCGACACCCCCACUCUCUUAUUUCCCCCCAUCAGAGGCAAAGGGGACACACUGUUCUGUAACAAGCUCUCUGGGGAAGGUACCACUAUCUGCACAUGGGAAGCCAAACUUCAUUUUACAACACGUUAAUUAAUUAAUUUAUUUUUUGUUAAAAAAAAAAGACACAAAGUGUUAAAGGCCCAUUUCACCCAUACCAUUUGUUAUUUCCAGUUUGGCUUUUUGUCUUUGUGACAGGAAGCCACCGGAAGCAGGAGAUGCUUUCUCAUGAUCGCAUUUGAAGCCAUGUCAUAUUUCCAGACACGAUGAUGCCUUUCUGUUUUCUCAUUGCUGUCCAAGUUGCUUCAGACAGAAAUCCUUUUAUUUUACAAUUUUUGGGUUCACAUUGAGUUUUUUACUUUUAUCUCUUAUUUUGACACUGAUUUUUUUCCUAUCACUUUAAGUUGUUUUACCCCACACAACCUUUUCUUUUUAACAUGCACAGAACUCGUCUUUGGUGUUUAUUCUAUGACAUUUCACACUUCAGUGAUGCAAUCCAGUUUAGGUUUUUUUUCAUUACUGCACAAUGUUCUCUACAAUUUUUUUUUUCUAAAUAAAUGUGGCUUGCUAAUCUGGAAACAUUGUGUAAUUUGCCAUGCUGAUUCAUUUAAAUAUGGUAUGAUAGAGAAGUUUGCCUGUUACUGGAACCCUCUGAAUUCUGGGAACAGUGGUGUUCUGACUUCUAUGAUGUAGUAAACAGUGGCCUAUUUUUAAGAAUUCUUUUUUUUAAAAUCUUAAUUCCUUUUGUUUUACAAAUGCAUUGUAGUGUGUAGUGCUUUAUUAUUUACAGCAGCUGCACACAUGAUGUAUAAUCGCUAUUUAACAUAUGUAAUGGUGCAUAUUUUUCAUAAUUUAUUUAAUGUUUUCAAAUAAUUACCCCUGAUAUGUAUUUAGUUCUGAGAAACAUAAUUUACUUAUUUAUUUUGAUUACUUCAUCAUUGUGUUAGAGAUGUUUUUAUUAUAAUAAAGACGUACGUCACCAUU